GCAUAGGGCUUUAGUACCCAAUUUAAGCAAAACAAUGUAAAUGAGCCACCUCGACAUUGGCCCAUUGAUUUGCUAUAAUUCAUGAUCAAUGUUCUGAUCGAGGUUCUGAUAAGCCGAUAAUAGAAAUGGGCCGAGAAAGGGUAUUUUUUCCCUAACUCAACGAUUUUUGGAGUUUCAAAAACUCAAUGAGUUUAGAUUUUGUAUUGUUCAUAAGAGUUGAACAUAACUUGUAUUGCUUUUUCUAUUUAACUUUUUUGUGCGAGUCGGAAUUUGUGUAAAAAACAUUAAAUAAAAAAUCAAAUCGUUACAACUCAGUUAAGUGCGCAAUAUAUGCACGUGUGGUAACCCUACGCCACAAUCGUGGUACCCCUCGGUUGAGAAACGUCAUCUACGAUUCUGCCAGACCUGUGUAAUACUGAACUUUGGAAAUACACUUUCUUCUUGUGUGACACCUCGAACAACGCAGACGUCUUUCCCGUUUCUUCCCUCCGAAAUACUGACUUGUUUCAGUGGCGACGUAGGAAAAGUGAGUUGGAAGUUUAGCGGCGUUCCUGUUCUUGGCCGGGCUUUUGCCGUUUGUUUCCUGGAUUUUUUUUCCGGAUUAUCCCCGGCGGAACGGACUUCAGUUUCGGUAGAGGACGGUGCGUUUGUGGACAUCGGGUUUUGGAGAAGACGUGUAGCAGCGUUUGGACGUUUUGCGGGUUUCCUGCGUGGUUUUUUCAACGAGGUUUUGACGGGUGAAGUAACCUGAAAACUACACUCCAAGAUGCCUUUCAACAUCGAGCCUUUCAUCCCGGGCACGGUUCCAUUCUCGCAGUUCCUGGAACAAUUGGAAUGGGUGUUUGCGCAUCACAAAGUGACAGAAGACAAGGACAAGAUGACGUCGUUCAUGGCAGCAUGCAAUCGUGAGGUUUACAAGGAAAUAAAACGUUUGUUUCCAAGUAAGGACCUCAAACAGCUUACGUUCAAAGAAAUCACCGACGCCUUGUUGAAGCGCUACGAUAAGCAGGUUGCCGGUUUUAUCCAGCGGUUCCAAUUUUACAACCGCAAGCAAGGGCUGUACGAAUCGGCGGAAGAUUUUAUUCUGGAUGUCAAACAGCACGCGGAGCUGUGCGAUUUUGGUGCUUUUAAGGACGUUGCGAUCCGCGACAGGCUGAUCUGUGGGAUGGCUGACUCCGUGUUGCAGGAGAACAUGUUUGACGAGGACGAUUUGUCUCUUGCCCGAGUCGAGAAGUUAAUUAUGAACCGUGAAGCCAACAACGCGAGGAAGAAGCUGAUUUCUGGUGAAUCGAGGCGCGCAAGUGUGUUGAAUCGACUGGGUCGACGUGAUGGUGCCGCCCCGGAUAACAGGAAUCGAUCUCGCAGCAGAGGACGCGAUCUGCGGGGACGGAGUCGGAGUCGUUCUGGUUCGUUUGACCGCAGAAAGCGUGAAGCAUCUAAGAAAAAGUUUUUCUGUACGUUUUGCCGUCGUAAUGGCCACUCCAGAUCUUACUGCUACGAUUUGCCCAAGAACAAGAAGCAUGUGAAGUUUGUUGAUGAGCAGCCAGCAGCGAAGCAGCAGUCGGCUAGUCAACAAAAACAAUCGCGCGACAAGUUUAACCGGUCGUUUACUGAUGAUGAGUGCGACAUGCAGUGUUUAAGCAUCGCAUCGGUAAACAAAGUCAACGAGCCGUGUUUUAGAAAGGUUGUUGUUGCAGGAUUGUUGUUGUCGAUGGAGGUUGACUGUGGUGCGGCUGUCUCGGUGGUUUGCUGGUCUACUUACAAGCAGAUGUUUAACCACAUUCCGUUAGAGAAGUGUAAUAAGAAGCUCGCGGUUAUCAACGGCAGUAGUUUGAAGGUCGAGGGGCAGUUUUCUGUCCUGGUGGAAUUAAACGGCAAACGACAGACAGUUUCUCUGAUUGUUUUGAGAAGUUUCAACGAGUUUGUACCUCUGUUAGGUCGUGAUUGGUUGGACGUUUUCUUCCCUGGAUGGCGCAACACGUUUGGAGAUACCUGCCAGGUGAAUCAACUAGCGACUGCGGCGGACCAAGUUUUAGCUGAUGUUGAAAAUAUCCCUCGCUGGUCGUACGUAUCUCGCUCAUCGCAAUCAGCUGAAAGAAGCGCCGAAGGAGGACAGUCGGCGGAAGUGCGUGUUCACGACACGAAGCGAGCGCCGAGGAUCUAAGAGGGGGAGAGAGCAGUACGGUGAUGCUGAUUACGAAGAUGGAGACGAUAGUUUUUACGGAUUCGCUGCGGAUUCGAGUAUUUUCGCGGACGAUUCGCACGCCAUGGAUGUUGAUGUCGAUCGUGAGGUCGAUUUGGAGUGUGAACGUGCGGAAGAAAUUUCAAGCGAUCGGCGGUCGAGCGUUGAUUCCCAGUUUGAUAAUGAUCCCGUCGAAGGCACAUCCACAAGGCGGCUCCCGGAUCACUUAGUUCCAUCAUUUGAUAAUCGCGUUUUGCGUCGAUCGGCGCGAUCGAAAAGAUAUAAGAAAGAUUCAAAUUUUGUCUACUAUUAGGUUUUUUUGAUAUCUUGUUGAAUUGUUGGUUGAAUUGUUUAGAUAUUUUUUCCUAAUAGAGUGCUUUGAUAAGUUGUCAGAUUGUAUGAUAAUUGUUAGGUUUUUUUGAUCUCAUCGGAUUAGAGUUGAGUUUUUGAAUAGAUCUUUUUUGCCUAAUAUUUGAAAAAGAGUGUAUAUAGAUUUUGUUUUGUUGUUUUCGAUAAAAUGAAGAAUUGUUAUCAAAAACAUGUAGGGGUGAGAACUGUGGUAACCCUACGCCACAAUCGUGGUACCCCUCGGUUGAGAAACGUCAUCUACGAUUCUGCCAGACCUGUGUAAUACUGAACUUUGGAAAUACACUUUCUUCUUGUGUGACACCUCGAA